AUGAAAUAAAAAUAUUUAAAUGCAUUGAUAAUCUAGGAACAUUUUAAGGGAAAUUUUGUAUAUUAUAUUUGUGUUCUUUUGGAGUAUAUCUCAUAUGAAACAUUUUUAAAGAUCAUAGACCUUUCCCAUUACUUUAAGAAUAGACUUUUUCUGACUUUUUUAAUUAAAAUAUUAAGGACUAUUCAUACUGCUGGGAUUAUUAAUUGUGAAAUAAAACCAGGAAACAUAUUGAUUGUUGCUGAUUAUGAACUAAAUUUGCGUGAUUUUGAAUUUGUAAGUGUUACAAAAUAAAUUUAAGAUUUUUUGGAAGAACUAGAGAAUAACGCUGCAGAAGAAUUGUACAUUAAUGAGAAAAUUAAUUUUUUUUAGUAUGAUAUUUUAGCUUUGAGAGUAAGAUUGUUUCUAAUAGCUAUGAGAUUCCAUCAAUUUUAAACAAAUGAUUUCAAUUUAAAAGAUUAAUGGUGGAUAUUAAUCUAUAAUUAAAAAAUAUGA